AUGAUUUGUUUCCAACUCCAGGGUCCCUCUAGUCCACUUGCUGCCCAGCUGGGAGGGUCUGUCCUGCUGCCCUGUGCUGCUGAAUCCCCCCUGCCUCUGGAGGAGCUGGAGGUGGAGUGGAGAAGAGCAAACUCUGGUGCCCUGCUGCACCUCUUCCAGGAGGGAGAGGAGAGACCAGAGUCACAGGAUCAAGCAUACAGAGGACGAGUGGACUUCUUCCGUGUGGACAUGGCCAAGGGAAACUUCUCCAUACUUCUCAAGAAUGUUUCACAGGCAGACCCUGGAGUGUACAGCUGUAAGGUUUCUACUAAAAACGAGGCACACAACAUCACUGUUGAGCUUUCAAGGUUUGGUCUCUCCUCUCUGCAGAGCCUUGUCUUAGUCUUUUGUGCAGCAUCCUUUGUGAUCAGCAUUGUGGCUUUUGUCCACUUCAUGACUAGAGGGAUAAAUGGUGGUGUCUUUACAGUGCACAUCUUCCUCAUGUUUAGUCCACAUGUACUGCUUUUCAUCGCUUUCAUAAUCUGGGGAUCAGUUGGGGGUCUGUUGAGUGAAGCAGCCACAUGCUCUGUUGUCAACCUCACACGGAUUUUAUUGUUACUUUUGACUUCUCCAUACCUUGGUGAAUUUUUUGACUCUAUUCAAAAACUAAUAAGGAAUUUGAGUGUGAGUUUGGCACACACAAUCAUUGCUGUGGUUGUUUAUUCAGAUGCCUACCAUAAAAGAACAAUCUGGAUGUCUCAGGGCCUGCUCUCAGGCACUCAUAUUCAUAAACUGAGACUACGUUUCAGCUUUACAGCAACACUGUUCCUCAAUCUCUGUGGAAUCGCUACAGACAUUGUGUCAGCAUACAAAAUGCCAUGUAUGAAGUCCCGACCCAAUUCAGGGGAACCAUCAGAACAUAUCUGGACAUUUUUCGUCCUGGAGAUGAGCAGUGUCACACAGAUAGUAUUCCUCACGCUUCGAACUAAAGCAUACUCCCACGAAGUUAGGUCUGGGCUGAUUUGGCUCCCCCCCGCCAUGCCAGUUAUUGUGAUGCUGAUCCGGAGACUCGUAAAAAAACAGAAGCCGUGCUGCAAACCAUAUUGGGGACGUACGUAG